AUGACGGAGCACGGCCCUCCCCCCCCCAGUGGCGAAAUCGUCGGCGUGAUCAUCGGAGCCGCGGCUUUGUUCAUCGUCGUUAGCUUUCUGCCCAUAGCUCUAACAUGGCACCGUCGCCGACGUCGCGCCGCCACCGCCGCCGCGGCCGGCGGCACAUCCUCCACCGCGACCCCCUCCGACCCCCUCCGGCGGGACAGCGCCCUCCAAGCGCUGACUGGCAGUCCCUCAAUGCAACAGCUGCCCAUCAGCGUGGAACGCUGGCUCGAAGAACAAACCCAUUCGGGCACCAACGAGACCUGGCAUUAUGCCCAGGAAUCCUGUGCCAUCUGUCUCGAGCGUCUCAAAGUAGACGAAAACGAGAAGUUUCCCACCACCACCACCACCACCACCAACCUCCCACCAACACAGCCAAAACCCGCAUGGAUUCCCCAGCGAUGCUACCACAGCGGCAGCGGAGUGCUGGCACCGACCAGCGCAGUAGACUCCGAUCUCGAACGGGGAUUAGGAAUGGAAUCCGGAUUGGGCGAUUGGCGCCGCGGGUCGGUGCCGCUAUCGCUUUCCUCGUCUUCUUGCUCCACGGAGCUAGACGCGGAGCAGCAGCAGCAGCAGCAGCAGCAGCAGCAUGCACCCACUGAAAAACAGCCGCCGCAACCGCAUCCCCAACAGGAUGAGGUGGUGGUGCUGAAUCGCUGUGACCAUGUCUUCCAUGCCGCGUGCUUGGUCCUGUGGGUCGAGCAGCAUCGAUAUCGGUGUCCGAUCUGUCAGGCCUCGUUGAAGCAUAAUCCUAGUUGA